AUGAAUGAUAAUUUAUCCAAAGCAUUACAAUUAAACGGAGUACUAUAGAAACGUAGUCCCAGUAUGAUAAAGGGGUAUCAGAAACGUUACUUCUCUGUCAGAAAUGAAGGAUAGUAUCUUAUAUAUUGGAAGAAGAAGCCCCUUUCUUCUAAAGAUAAGCCCCAAGGUACUCGCAUGCAGGAAAUUAAGGUGUCCUUAGUUUGACUUCCAUUUCCACAGUUGCCAAUGUUAAGGGAUCCGAUACAGAAUUCAUUUUGGUAGUGGGCGAUCGUUAGUUCUAAUUAAAAGCAGAGACUGCUUCAUAACGUGAAUUUUGGGUUGAAAGCAUAUUGCAUUUGAAGGAAUAUCGUUAAAAAUUAGAAGGAGAUAAUGAACCUGUUCAAUAAAAGGUUAAAUGGGAUGAGUUGGAUAAAGAGACUAUCACAAAAAUAAAAUUGGAAGUAGAGAAAGAUCAUUUAGAGAAAUUCUCAAAUAAGAUUGACAUUAAAAAUGAUGAAGUUAUGAAAUGUAAAGGAAUAUAUCCAUAUCUAAUAAAAUUUGAUGCAAAAACAUAAGACUAAUUCAUAAUUUGUGGAUUUUUAAUGAAAAAAGGCAAAAAUACUACAUUCACAAGAGCAAAGAAAAGAUGGUUUAUUAUGAUGUCAUCUGUUUGUAUUACAGGAUAGGAAACAGAUAAAAUAGGUCCUACUUAAGCAGACAUACCUGAUACUUUUCAAUUAGAUACUAUUUAUUAUUUUGCAUAUGAUGAUAGAGGUGAUAAAAGUAAUUUUAUUGCAAGAAUUCCUGUUUCUGAAAUUGAGAAUAUAGAAUAGAUAGAUAAAACAUCUGGAUAAUUACCUUAUGGAUUAAGUUUUGAAUAUAAUGAUAGAGUUUAUUAAUUCUUUUCAGAAUAACUUACAGAUAUAUAAAAAUGGAUUUUAGCUAUUUAAUGUGUUAAAAAAAAACCAAAAACUGGUUUAAAGAAUUCAUAAUAAUUAGAAAAGAAAGAAGAAAUUAUUUACGAAGGACCACUUCAAAAAUAAUCAAGCAAAAUUAUUAAAGGACCUUUAUCUUGGAUCAAUGUUAAUGCUUAGUUAAAAAAGAAUUCUCUUAGUUGGACAGCUAAAGAUGAUUCUUAAGGAAAUUAAUAUGUCUUGUUGAUUUACAUUAAAUAGGUAAUUGGUAAGAGUAAAUCAUUUUAAGUAACUUAUAAUUCAUUUAUUAGAUCUUCACAAAUGAUGAUCAAGAAUUUAAGUUUAAAGCAUAAACACCUGAAUUAAAAGACUAAUGGGUCAAGAUCAUAAAAGAAUAAGUUGAUGCUUUAAAAGGAAGUAUAUAGAAUUUAGAAGAAAUAUUGGAAUUACCACCAGAAGAAGCCACCAAGAUAGAUUAUAAUGAAUAAAUUAAAGAUGAAGAUCUAUAUGAUUAGGAAACAAUAACUGAAAAAUUUUACAAUAAAAUGACUCUUUAAAUAGAGAAAAGUAAAUAGGAAGAAAAACUUAAGAGUAAAUCAUUCAUGUCUAAACUCCUUUGCUGUUUUGGUGGUGGUGAAAGUGAAUAUGAUUAUGUAAAAGAUAGAGGAUUUUGA